AUGCCACCCACAUCGCUCGCCUUAUCGCUCGCCUCUCCCGACGCUUGGUGGGGAGCAGGACCAUGCAGCACGAUUUAUCGGAAAGGCCCAAAAAGCGUUGCACAAAAGGCAGCUCAGCUCCUAAGAGCAAAACGAAAGAAAAUGGAAAAGAAAGCAAGAGAGGGGGAAAGAGAAGGCAUAGGGGCGCUCUCCGUGCUCGUUGUAGACUGGGAGAGGGGCAGGAUAGAGUCGAGCGAGCGAAGCAGAGCAGAGCAGAGCACGGGCGAAGGCGAAGGCGAAGGCGCGGGCGAGGCCGGCAAAAUCAAUUUCUCUUUCUGCAAAUCACAUUUCGUAGGGGGCGAAGAGAAGACCAUUUUGGCUACUCCCGGGGGGAUCAUGUUGGGGAAGGACAGACGGACGUGGUGCACGCACGAUAGAGUGAGUGGGAGGAGCCAGCCAGGUGGGGCGCUGAUAGAUACAUUGCAGUAGCAUGCGGAGCUCGGGCUCGGCUAA